AGAGAGAGAGGGAGAGAGAGAGGAUGGAGGGAUUACGUCUCUCUGACUCUAUAGUAUAGGGGUGGUGGGAGUGGUCUAAAGUGACAUACUGAGAGCCUGUGUGUAGACCCGGUUUAAAAUUAUCUCUGCAGCUGAGAGGCACUUUAAACCUGCAUUUAUUCAGCACCUGCGUGGCUGCCUGAGGCCAGUUUUCAUCCAGCAAAACCUGCACAAACUGUAAAAGUCCUCCAUUCGUCUUUCAAGUUAACAGGAAUAGAGCCAAUGAACAUUACUCCUGUCCUGCUUCACUGGCAGCAAUAAACAAUGAAGAUUGAAAACAGCCUGACUUGCCUCCCUGAGGUGCCUCCACACACUGGACUACAGUUCACUGUGGCUACCGAGGAAGACUUUGAUGACAUCAUGGCCAUAAGUCAGGGCAUCUAUGGUGGCCUAGACUACCUUCCCACCCGCUAUCAGGCCUGGUUGCAGGAGACAAACCGUACUGUCAUCCUUGCUCGCAAGCAAGGCAAAGUGAUUGCACUUGAGUCAGUAUGUGUUAUUGACGAUGGAGAAACUAUGCUGGUGGAAGGCCUCCGUGUGGCCCCUCAGGAGAGGGGCAAGGGAGUUGCGCGGGUGCUGCUCCGCUUCUGUUCUCAGCAUAUUAAAUCCAAGUAUCCUGAAGUUAAAGUGUGCAGGCUGACAAGAGAUGACCAGCUGGGGCCCAAGGACUUCCAGAAGUACAGGCUCAUCACUAAACAGGGAAUCCUGCUGGUACGCUUCUGUGCUGAAGACCUAAAGUUACGCCUCACUGAUGUUGGGCUUAAUGUGGGUCUAGAUGGAGAUGGCCUUGCUCCUUCCAGCAACCCAGUGAGGUUAGAGUCUGCAGAUGUCCAGCAGCUUUUUUUGAGCAGUGAAGCAAUGCAGGAUGUACUACCUAAUGGCACCAUUGUGCAAGACUGGCAGCCCUUCAAGCCCAUGCCCAGCAAUAUGGCGAUCCUGUUGAAGAAAGACAUCGAUUGGAUGGUGGAUGAUACCUGUUGCCCAUCUAUGGCCAGCCUGUGCACUUUCCCCUUUCGUGUACCGAUUGGUGACGACUGGUACUACCUCAACAUUGACAUGUUUGGCAAAGAUCUGGCUCUGGCUGUGCAGCAGCUCCUAUGUCACCUGAGGUGCCACACUAGCACACUGAAGGGCUAUGUGAUGUGCCAGGUUUUCCUGGACCCACCUCUGUGGAAACCCAUGGCUGAUUUCUUCAGGGAGACCUUGAAAGUGGAGCUGGUGAAGGAAUACACAGAGCAAUGUGUAGUGGAAUCCGACUUGGUGUAGCAAGAGGAUGGCUGUCAGCUAAAAUUUAGGGGUCCGACAUUUGGAGGCCAAACAUUAGAACAUGGAAAAGCUUUGACAUCACUCAAAUGGUUUCCUUUCAUAUUUUGCCCCAGAACAAAACCUUUAUCCUAUAUAUAGACAAACUAAGAAUUAAAAAUGUCCUUCUAGAAAUUAAGUUAGUAUAAAUUAGCUUAAGUUAGUUUAAUAAUGCGUAAUCAGUGCAAAAAAGGAAAGCAACAAUUUGGUAAAAUAUAAUAAAUAUGCAACAAUUAAAUUUGUUAGGGACACUGACCAUAUUCGAGAAUACAGUACAGUGUGUGUGUAUGUGUGUGAAUAAACACAUGCUGAGUUGCAAAUAAGACUGCACAAUCUUUAGGCACUUUAUGAAAAUCUAAAUAUAAUAUCUCACUGCAGACAGUGAGAUGUUUGCUUUAGAGACUGUUUUGUCUGAAUGUUGUACAGUAGCUGCUAAUGUUAACUUUUUUAAUAAUCUUAUAAUACCCAAAAUGAAAUGUAAAAACCUUUUGUUUUGUUUACUCAUAUUUUAAGUGGCAUUUACUCCAACUUUAUUUAACAUUAAAAAAAAAACUUUCUGCUGGUUUACUGGUAUUUACUGUAAUGGCAUGCAAAAUAGGACAGACAGAGAAGGUUGGUCAUAAUGUUAGAUAAGUCCUUAUUUUAUGCACUGAACCUUAUUUAUUAGCAUUAAUGUGAUCUCCUACUAUACAGUUGGCAGCUGCAAUAUGAAGGUUAUACAAUGUAAACCAAGAUAUAACCAAGAUGUAGUGUAUUCAAUACAGUUAUGCCAAUAUACCUUUUUGGUCAUGUGUUGGAUUAGUUUAUAUGAUUCAAAACAAAGUUUGGAUUUUGGUUAGUACAUUAAUAUGUUUUUUAUUUGCCAUUUAACAAAAUAAUUUAGUUAAGAACCUAAUGAACGGGUAUAUUUAUGUAAUUGUCAUUUAACUGAAAGAUUAUGAUUAAGACAACAUGAACUAGUAGCAUUUAGAACUAGACAUGAUCAUAACAAGUCACAUUGUCACUCUUAAUGGGGUUUUGUUAGCAAUCCAUUUGAGAAGAUCUCUAAAGCACUUGUUUUUAGUACAUAUGAAGAGCCUCAUAUUUUUGUCCAUCAAAAUGCUUGAUUUUGGGAAAUGAAAAACAGAGAUUUGAUAAUGCACAAAUAUUUUUUGUACCAUUGUUGUUAUCUACUAUUGAUUGCAACAGCUUAUUCCACAAUUAGUUAAUCAAUUACUGCCUCAGUGAAUUCAACCUUCUCAUAAGGACACAACUAGAAUAAUCAAGAACUUGACAGCCAUUUUCAAUUUCAAAAGAAAUGUUUUAGAGUGCGACAUUUCCUUCAGCAAGUUAACACCUGAGAAACAUUUACCAGCAUUUCCCACAUUUGAAGCCUCAAUUGGUACACGGUACCCUGAAAAAAAAAACAGGAACAGUCACAAACCCAAAUUUUACUCCAUCUGUCACUGGAAGAAUUUGGAAGAAUCAACUGCUGAGUGUUUAUAAAUAGCAUGCCAUGCAACACAGAACUAAGCCUCUGACUGGUCCUGCAACUGAGAAGACACACAGAUGAUUUAAAACCAACAGAAACCAAGCAAAGAAGGUUAUUGUUGAGCAAACGAAGUCUUUUUGCCAUUCUCAGAAAAUUACUUCAACUGAUCCAAAACAUCCAAAUAGUACUAAAUGUGCAGUCUGCAUAAGCAAUUAUACACAAUUAUACAAUCCUCUCUACCAGCAUCCCCUGCCAUAAAUGGCUAAUGGGCUGAGUUUUCCAAAAGUAUCACAAAGGUUAAAUUCAUCUUAAAUAAGAAAGCGUGUUCAAUAUAAUGCUGGCUCUACCCUUUGCCAGUGAUUUUUGUGCUGUGAUGCUUUUGGGGAAGUACGUUCUUGGUUACCAAAUUUGGUAAAGUAAAUGGUUGUGAUUUGAGCAUGUACAAACAACCAUAAUAUCUUUACUGGCUAUUCUGUCAAUGAAUUUGAGUAAUGAGGAUAUAUGAGAUUCCAAAACCAUUUGCUAAUUAUCACACAUAAUUAGAUAUUUAUACUGGAAAACCUAAUUUAUACCCUGUUAAAAACCUACUCUCAUGAAAAAAUCAUGCUGGCAAGCGAAGUUUCCCUGUAUUCCAAUUAAUGCACUAAACAUGCAAAUUGUUCUAAUCUGGACCAUUUGUAAUUUUUCAGUUUAAUUCUUAAGUAUUAGCAUUUAGUUUCUUUCAUGAGAUAAUGUUACCACAAUAUUCCAAUCAAGACAAUGUUCCUAUAAGGUUAAACGUUUUUCAGUAACUUUUCAGUAUCUAUUCAGUUUUGUCUUUAUGGUUUUAUGGUGUUUAUGUUUUGUUUUUUUAAACAAUGUUUUAUCCAAUUUGAAAAUGAGCUUUCCUUCUCCACCUUUGGACUGCAUAAUGUGUUGUUAUGACUAAUAUGCACAGUCCAUCAAAUGUCCCAUACACCUGGUCCAUCUGAUUCUUGUAUCAGAAAUGUAGUUUGAUUUUAUCUAACUAUUCAAGUUUCUGAGUUUAUAAUUGUUAUGAUAUAUCAAGAGGGACCAUCAAAGGAAAGACCUGCUUCUAAACAUUUAUCCACACUUCAUGCAACAUCUAGUUAUACAGAAACUCUGUGUAAGAUUUAGACACGUAUAAAGCAGUUUCUCUUGAAUAAUCAUGAACAGUGUAACCAUUUAUGAAGCUCUAAUCAGGAUGCAUUUAAACACUAAAUUUCCAGUCAAUUUACUUAAUGUAUUUAGUAUGCAGUACAUGAAGAAGUCUAAACAAACAGAACAAAAAAGAGAUCAGAAGCAAACUAGAUUAAAUAAAGCAUGGGUUCAACCGUAGUACUGUUUGAUAUCUGAAUAAAAACCGAAGAAUCCUAAAAACAGAAAUAGGUGUUUAAGUUUAAAUUCUGAUUAGGGCUGAUUAUCAAUCUGUAUUUUCAUUUGACAGCAUGGUAAGCAAGGUCACAUGUUUGGAAAAUAUACUGUCUUUUUAAAAAAAUAUAUUGGCCUACAGAAAUUACUCAACCUGUUACAGUCAGUGAAGGUUGUGUUCAUUUAUAGGAAAAUGAUAACCGUUUCAUUUCUAAUUUAUAGUAAAGCAGCACUUUAUGGAAAUUGGAAUUGGAAGUAUAUUGAAAAACCAUAAUUUUCAAAGUGGGGUUCGUGAACCACAGCCAGGGGAGGUGUUGAUUUUAUGUUUUAUUAAAGUGGUAGAAAUAACAACCCAUCAUUAUCACAGUUAUUAAAUUAGAUAAUUUGUUAUCAUCUUGGAUAUUUUAUAAACAAUGUCACCUUCUGUUAAAUCUAAUGAAAGUUUUAAUAAAAAUAUUCUGUGGAUUUGGGAAAGUCUGAGAAGAAAAAUUCCUUUGGCUCUACUUAGUAGCCAAAAUGGGUCACUGGCUGCAAAGGUUUUUGAAUCCUGAUCUAGUAAAUGGGUAGCUGUGUUCUUGUUGCAUAUGGAGUAAGAUUGUUCUUUAAAAACAACUUUCUAGCAUUGUACAUUUUCUCUUUUGGGUUUUUUUGCUGGCAAAUCUCAAAACAAUGUAUGAGUAAAGAAGGCAAUAGCACCUUUUGAGUGCCAGUGACAUAUCUGUGCUUUAGUAUAGUUUAGUCCAUGAGGCAAAGCAUUGGUAAUUGAAUUAAGGAUAUGGAUUGUAAGUGUGUGGUUGUCUUUUUAUGUACUUGAUUGUAUAUCAUAAACACUAUUCAUAACAGUGUUCCAACAGCCAGUACCAAGAUGGUUACUUGAAAUGUUAUGAAUAUCUGUAUGAUUUUGAGGGGGUCAUGGUAUUUUUGUCUUGUGGUAAUUUUUCCUUUUCCUUUUUCUUUUUGUAUCAUUGUUUCCCAUCCCACUCUUAUAUGAUCAAAUUGAAAGAAUGGCAGUGGGAGUGAUUUAUAAGCAUUCAUUAUCUGUGUUAUAGGAAUUUUGCAAAUUGACAUUGAAGUGACAGCUAUGAGGCACAUAUAAAGUGGAACCACCUUUCUUGUGUUAGGACAGAAAGUGUCAAAGGCAUAACCAGUAUAAUGAAAUUGACAGAUGGUACGGAUAGGAUGUAUGACGGAUAUUAUGUUACAAGAAGACAGCUAUAGUACAUUGGUCGACAUAAGCAGUGGUCAGUAAUUAAUGAUCAUAGUAAUCAGUAGAAAGCAGUAAUUCAGUAAAUCAUAGUCCACAGUUUGUCUCAAAGAUAGUACAAGCUUUGAGACAUUUAUUAUUUUCCCAAAUCAGUAGGUAAGCUUAGAAAGAGGUAACAAAUAAGAUCUUAAGAAUCCCAAGAGCUUAGAUUACCUUAUCGUGUCACUAAGACAGAGUGAAACAGGAUCUAUUGCGUCCUUUGUGGUGUCAACUUGCUGAAAUAGAGCCUGUUCAGGGUGGAGGUGCCUUUCAGCAAACCUUCACUCUGGAAACUUGAAUGGAAAAAAUGACCAAGUGAAGUAAAAGGAAUUAUCAAGCUCUAUUCUUUUCAUUUCCUAAUUCCUUUGAAUGUCAUUGUUUGCAUCAUUAUAUGUUUAAAAGAAAGGGUAUAAUAUAAUGGUUACCAUAUGGUGUCCAGUAACACUUACAGUGACAUAGGCAUUUUCUGGGUAAGAAUGGAUACACCUGUAAUAAGUUAUUUCUCUGUAAUACUGUAUGUUUAAGUAUCUUGUGUCUGUUAUUUUAGAAAUCAACUGUAUUAUUAUAUUAUAU